CUACUUUCUCUGCCCCCACAUAUAGCAUGCCACACUUCUUGCUUGGUUUCAGUCACUCAGCAUUCCUCUUCACCAUCCUCUUCUCUGAAGCUAACUCGGAAGACGCCACCAUGGCAAACACGAUGGUCAUCCAGCAGCCCAAGCCCUUUGUUCAGGCCAUUACCUCAAACCAAUGGAGCUCCGAAAUCUGUGACUGCACCAAGGAUAUGUCUUCGUGUUGCUUAGCAUUCUGGUGCUUCCCCUGCUUUGCCUGUAUAACGGCGAGGGAGGCUGGGGAGUGCCUGUGUCUGCCCCUGCUAAACGGCUUCGGCCUUAUCCCCCCCGCCACCAUGUCCCUGAGGGUGGGGAUCCGCCAGCGCUACGGCAUCGAGGGCACCAUGUGUAAUGACUGUGUCUAUUCCUUCUUCUGCGGGCCCUGCACCUGGUGUCAAAUGUCAAGAGAGAUGAAGACCCGCCUCCAACCAGUCACUCUCAUCAACCCACAUGUAAGAUAAGGACAGACCUCGUUCUUCCUCAUCCUCUUCUUCGUCAUCAUGCACCAUCAUCAUCAUAUCCCUCCUCUUCAUCCUCUUCCUCCUCCAUCUUCAUCAUAGUCAUUAGACUAAUAAUAAUCAACAUCAUCAUCAUUAGACUCAUGUUCAUGGAACAAUAGUAACAAUACCAAGCCUUAUCGCGGACUGCACUUUCUACUACAGGAAGCUGCUGAUGGGAGGACGGCUCAUAAUAAUGUCCGGAAUGGAGCAAAUGGUGUAUUUGAUACCAUUCCAUUAAUUCCGCUCCAACCAUUACUACGGGCCCGUCCUCCACAAUUAAAGGGCCACCAAUCUCCUGUGCUUUCUAUCCCCUGUUGACUCUUCUAUCACCGCUCACUGUCACCAAACUCGUCACCAUUGAACGUCACACGCGUUGUUGUUCUUAGGUUGUUCACGUUCACUUCCGCCCUGCUGACAGCUGAAAUAGUUUACUCUGUAUCUGUAAAGGCCCUUUAGAUUUUUGGGGGUGUGUGAAAGAUGAAUGAAUAUGUAUGUAUAAAUAAGUUUCCAAAACCCUUUUGAAAACUGGACCUUUUUAUCUACCACUAUGCUAAAUGUACAAAACAUGUGCAAAUGGAUUGUAGAAACAUAUACGAGAGAAAUAGGUGUGACACAUUUCCAAACAACAAAACAUACAUUCAGAUAUAUCGUUCAUGUAUCUUAAUUAAUGGUGAAUAAAUUUUAAAAAGAUGA